CCUCAGCCCAAACCAGAACGUCUGCCUCCUUCAAUGAAAGGAAAGAUCAAAUCAAAAGCCAUAAUUUCAUCUAGUGACGAUUCAUCUGAUGAGGAUAAACUCAAGAUUGCUGAUGAUGGACAUGCCAGGAAUAGCAACAGCGAUUCAGAUGAUGGGGAACAGCAGCACAGCAAACGCAUUGUUUCUGAUAGCGAUUCUGAUAACAGAAACAAAUCUGGUAGUGAGGCAGGCAGUCCGAGGAGGUCCAGUGUCCACCCAUCCGAAGAAGAUUCUGACAGUGACAGGUCAGCCAGGAAAAGGAGACGGUCAGAUUCAGAGCAGUCUGACAAUGAGUCUGUGCAGUCAGGAAGAAGUCGUUCUGGUGGUUCAGAUAAUGAAUCUCGCCCAGCUUCUCGCAGUGCUGACUCAGACAGAGAUUCUGAGAGAGGAUCUGAUAACGAGGGUUCUGGCAGAGGAUCUGGUAAUGAAUCUGAACCAGAAGGAUCCAAUAAUGAGGGAUCUGAAGGGGGUUCUGAUGACAGUGAUUAGAUCUUAAAUUACAUCUUUUUAAAUGUUCAUGUAAAUAUAUUUCAGUUGUAGAGAAAAUCCAAUUUUUGUAUUUGAAAACUUACAGGGAAAAACAUCCAAUGUUUUAGUAAACUCUCGUGAGACCUUCCUGUGAUUCUUUCUAUUAUCAACUGAUGGAUGUUUCUCUAAGUUGACCUACGGUGUACUCUUAAAUCAAAACUGCUGUAGAUGAAGAACAGAAACCCUGUAUUAUAGGCAGCAUACCUGGGAUGGGAUGCAUGUAAAAACUGUGGAACGUUAAAUCUCAGUUUAGGUGGUUCUAGUGUGGCUAAAAUUGUGUUUUCUCUAUUUAUACAUGCAUAGAUUUCUUGAGACAGUGUUGCAAUAAACUGUUCCUGCUAA